GAGCGAGGGCGCGGUGGAGCGCGCGGCCUCUGAGGGGAUGGGGACCCGCGCGAGCGUGGGGGAGGCGGCGCGAGAGCGGAAAGGAACGAUGCCGGGCCCAGGUGAGGAGGCGCCCGGCGCCGGGGGGGAGCUGAGCCGCUCGCAGGUGUGCGGGAUGCUCCGGCAGGAGCUGAGCCGGGACGGAGCCUUCCUGCAAGGCCAUCCCCAUGUCCUCGUCAUCCUCGGCGCCUCCGGCGACCUGGCCAGGAAGAAGAUCUACCCCACGAUCUGGUGGCUGUUCCGGGACGGGCUCCUCCCCGAUGCCACGCGCGUUGUUGGCUUCGCCCGCUCACCCCUCAGCGUGGAGCUCAUCCGGGAGCAGACCCUUCCUUACCUCAAGGUGACCCCUGAGGAUGGGCCCCGCCUGGCCACGUUCCUGUCCCUGCAGAGCUUCGUGCGGGGUCAGUAUGGGGAUGAGGCCUCGUUCCGUGCGCUGGAUGCUCACCUGCGGGGGCUGCCUGGGGGUGACCGCGCCCACCGGCUCUUCUACCUGGCCCUGCCCCCCAGCGUGUACACACCUGUGACACAGCACUUGAGGGCUCUGUGCAUGGGACAGGGGUGGAACCGUGUGAUUGUGGAGAAGCCAUUCGGGCGGGACCUGGGCUCAUCGGAGGAGCUGUCAGCGCACCUGAGCGCACUGUUCCGCGAAGAGCAAAUCUACCGCAUGGACCACUACCUGGGCAAGGAGAUGGUGCAGAGCCUCAUGGUGCUGCGGUUUGGCAACCGCAUCUUCGGGCCCAUCUGGAACCGCGACAACGUUGCCUGUGUGGUACUCACUUUCAAGGAGCCCUUUGGCACUGAGGGCCGUGGCGGCUACUUUGAUGACUUUGGCAUCAUCCGGGACGUGAUGCAGAACCACCUUCUGCAGCUGCUCUGCCUCGUGGCCAUGGAGAAGCCAGCGUCCACCAACCCCGACGACGUCCGCGAUGAGAAGGUGAAGGUGCUCAAAUGUAUCAGCCCAGUGGAGCUGCAGGACGUGGUGCUGGGCCAGUACGUGGGCAACCCCGAGGGCCCCCCCGAGGCACAGAAGGGGUACCUGGACGACCCCACGGUGCCCCCCGGCUCCACCACACCCACCUUUGCCACUGCUGUGCUGCGUGUGGCCAAUGAGCGCUGGGACGGUGUCCCGUUUGUGCUGCGCUGUGGGAAGGCGCUGAACGAGCGCAAGGCCGAGGUGCGGCUGCAGUUCCGGGAGGUGCCUGGGGACAUCUUUGCGCGGCAGUGCAAGCGCAACGAGCUGGUGGUGCGGGUGCAGCCGCGUGAGGCUGUCUACGCCAAACUCAACACCAAGAAACCGGGCAUGUUCCUACGACCGGAGGAGUCUGAGCUCGACCUCACCUACGGCAGCCGCUACAAGGAUGUGAAGCUGCCGGAUGCCUAUGAGCGGCUGCUGUUGGACGUCAUCUGCGGGAACCAAAUGCACUUUGUGCGCAGUGAUGAGCUGCGUGAGGCCUGGCGCAUCUUCACCCCCCUCCUGCACCAGAUUGAGCAGCGCCGCGAGCCCCCCAUCCCCUACCCCUAUGGCAGCCGGGGCCCCCCCGAGGCGGACGAACUCCUGCGGCGGGCGGGGUUCCUGUACGAGGGCACCUAUCGGCUGGGAAGAGUGGAGCUCUCCUGUCCCUGAGGUCACACACACUAAGCCAGCGCAAAGCUUCCACAGAUUUGGGAAAAGCCUGGCUCCUAGGGGACGCGUCACUGCUGAGAGCUGCAAGGAAAGCGAUGCAGAGGAGCCCUGCGGAAGCCUGAACAGCAGAGGUACCUGGCAGCCUCCGAGUAUCUGUGUAGGCACCGAAAGCAAGUGGCUUGGCGCAGGUGAUUGCAGAAGUGAGAGGGGUUCUGAAUGAUGCUCCUUGGGGAGAGAAGAGAGAUGGACAAGGUUAGACUUGGAUUUCUUACUUCAUUAAAGCUCCUAAGAAUCAAGCGGUGACUGAGGCAGACGCCGUAUGCACUUCUGCUCUACAACUCAGCGCUACAUCUCAAAUGCCAGGUGAACUGUCUCUCUGCCUCCAUCUCCCUCUCUCUCCAGCUGUGAUCAAUGAAGAAAAUAUUACUGAAAAUAUUACUAAAAAUGUUACUUAAAGGUUCAUUUCAUCAUGGUUUUAUCCUCAAUGAAAUUUCAUUAGGGGUUUGUGUAUUACUCUAGAAAAAAUAUUCCACGGGUAAUAUUCUCACUUGCCUUGAGCAUGUAGGUAACAAAACCCAAAGUGCUACAGCACAAGUUCUUGAUAACCCCCAGCUCCCCAGACAAGAGCAGCAGGUGUCUGGUUCAUCUCCCUGGAAGCACUGUGCAUCUGGAAUGUAUCAGAAGGUGAGCCUGAGAUAUUUUGAAAUACUCUCUGUACAAGGCAUAGGUGUGCAACGUGGGUGAACCUUGGGCUGCGUUUCAGACCCUUCAACAGAUGCAAUUAGUCCAGUCCAAACACCAGUGCCACAUGUAAGGUGUGUUUUCUUGAUUCCUCUUUUCUCACUAUUAGACUGGCUUUUCCUGCACAGCAUUUAUUCCUAGUCUUUGUUUCCUUUUGGAUUUCAGUCUUAGCAGCGAAUCCGAUCCAUAUUUCCUCUUACCUGUGUGAAUGAUGCAGAGCAAGACCAGGCUGCUCCAGUUUUAAGUAGCAGACGACGAGCUUUGACUCGAUCCAACUGGCAAGCCUGGAAAUAUCAUCUGGGGAGGAUUUCAAGGGAUCCUCUAUAGCAAAGCCUUUACUGCAAAGCUGCACAUGAAACAAAACCACAAUUUCCAAAUAUUAGAAUACACCGUUUGCUCGGUGGAAAUACUUUUUAUGACUGAUCAGCGGAGAAAACGGAAGUCUAACAAACUCUGGCUUUAACUACAGUCAGCAUUACAAAAAUCAGUACAGAGGACAGAAGGGUCUUCCAGGGAUGCUAUGGGUUUUUUGUUUCUGAGGAGAGCUGGAUUUAGAGACUGCUGAGGAGCGCCAGCCCUACAAUUCAGUCCCAAUCGCUUUGUCUGCAAUCCCAGGGAUUAAUCCCUUCAUCCAUUUUCCUGGUAUGUGCAUUCACCAGCUUUUCCUCUUAAGAGGAAAUAAAGUCUUUCUUUCUUCUUAA